AAAAAAGAAAAAGAAAAAAAACGCCACCACCACCGGAGAAUUUUGAAAUAUUCCGACAACUCCUCCGCCGCCGGGAGCCCCUAGCUUUCCGUAUGGAGAAAGAACCACUCCUAUCUUACAUUAGCACCAGGAGAACGCAACCUACAACACCGCCGCCGCCGCCGCCGCCGUCGUUACUCUGCCCUCUACCGGAAGACGAUGAAAUCACCAUUCCGCCGUUGCCCCUCACUCCUACGUCCAGAGAAUUCAAAGACAUGCUUAUCUUCGGCUCCCCUUCAGCUUCAUCUUCCCAUCUCAAAGAUUCCUCCUCUACCCUUCUGGAUGCCCUAACCCUAUCCCUUUCGUCCCCCAAAUUUUCAACACCCCAUUUUGAAAACAACGAAAGGUUCAAUUUCGAUCAGCAAACUUCGAAUUUCGAUCCAGAAAACCAACAGUCAUCAUGGCUGAUUGAUCCCAAUUACCCAGCCUGGAGGAGCAACCUUCACAGGUCCAAAACCGCACCCGCCAUGGCUACGAUAAACGAAAUCGACCACUUCUCGGACCCGAAACCGCCCCAAUUCGGUAAAUCCGCAAUUGUGAGGCAGGGUGUUAUUCUCUUGAUCAUUUACUUGACUCUUGGCGUGGUUAUAUAUUCUUUUAACAGGGAUGAUUUCAGAGCAACCCAAACGCACCCUGUGGUUGAUGCUUUGUACUUUUGCAUUGUGACUAUGUGUACGAUCGGGUACGGCGAUAUAACCCCCGAUAGUACUGUAACGAAGUUGUUUUCGAUCACAUUUGUGCUUGUGGGGUUUGGUUUUGUGGAUAUCUUGUUAAGUGGGAUGGUUAGUUAUAUGCUUGAUUUGCAAGAAUCGUAUCUUUUGAAGACUAUUAAGGGCAAGAGUGCUCAUGACCCUGGAUCGUAUAUAAUUGAUGUGAAGAAGGGUCGAAUGAGGAUUCGAAUGAAAGUAGCAUUGGCUUUGGGUGUAGUGGUUCUUUGUAUUGGGGUUGGAGUUGCUGUUAUGCAUUUUGUGGAGAGGCUCGAUUGGUUGGAUUCGUUUUAUCUGUCGGUUAUGUCUGUUACAACUGUUGGAUAUGGUGACAGGGCGUUUAAUUCUAUGACCGGUCGGAUUUUUGCGUCGAUUUGGUUGCUUGUGUCGACACUUGCUGUGGCUAGAGCCUUCCUUUACUUGGCGGAGGCGAGAGUGGACAAGCGGCAUAGGAGGAUGGUAAAGUGGGUGCUCGGCCAAGAUAUGACUGUGGCUCAGUUUCUAGCGGCGGAUAUUGACAACAAUGGUUUUGUGACUAAAUCAGAAUAUGUAGUAUACAAGCUAAAGGAGAUGGGCAAAGUAUCAGAGACAGAUAUCUUGCAGAUAUGUAAACAGUUUGAACGGUUGGAUGCUGGCAACUGUGGCAAGAUCUCUCUCACCGAUCUUAUGGAAAAUCAUCAUUGAUUUCAUACAAUCGGUUUUUCAUUACUAAAAUUGCCUCUUUGUAAGUACACGAUAAGGGGCACGAGGUGUUAUAAUAGACAGUUGAAAAAUCGAGCCAAGAACGAUGCAUUGCAUCUUGUACAAUCUCGGAACAAAGCUUUAUAGCUCAUCUUUGUGACCGUUGAGGCUGUCGUAAUAGUUUCUAACCAGGUGAGUUUUUUUUGAUUGGUCAGAUAUUUCAUAUCAGCAUGGAGGUUUUAUUUAGUUAAA